AUGUCUGAAAAUACAGAUCGAGUUACAUUGCUGGAUGAUUCUAGAGAAUUCAAUCCUAGUGAUGCUGUGACUGAUACUUCUAGUAACGGCAAUUAUCAAUGGACGGUGUUCCGAGAUUGUAUGAAUACGUUUGUGCACUCCUUAAUAGCUUUGAGUGUGUUUGUGACGCUGUGUUUCGCGUUCCAGUCAAUUCCAUUAAGUGCCUUUCAACUGCAUAUCUGUCUCUCGGUUGCUGGGUAUCAGCUGUUGAUGUCACAUGGAAUACUUAGUAUAGCCUGCUAUAAUGGUUGGUCAUCGUCUAUGAAACACUCGCACAGGCGGAGGAGUCAUUGGAUCUUGCAGCUCGCCGGUUCAAUAUUAGCAAUUGUUGGUUCUGUCAUAAUGAUAAGACACAAAUCUGUUAAUUUUAACACGGUUCAUGGUAAAUUAGCAUUAGCGGCUCUUACGUUAACAUGUGUAAGCCUUUUCAACGGAGUUAUGACCUUAUACAAAGUAGGCAUUGGAAGCGUUGUAUCAUCUCAAGCUUUUAAAAUAAGCCAUUUAAUGAUUGGAUCAUCGGCUUUCGCUGUUUCAUCUGUGUGCCUGUCAUUUGGUUUUAUGAAAGAAUCGUUCAGGAAUUGGUCUUCAAUUGAAUUUCCUUAUAUUAUGAUUGCCAUAACAUCCACAUAUACGACAAUAAUAGUUUUAAAACCUUGUGUUACUAUUAUAAGCAAGCUUACAAAUAAAAUUAAACCAAAAAUAUGUUAA